AGCAGCGGGGCGCGUUCCGAGGAAAUUCGGGACUCGACUUUUCCCGGGGAGGAGGCGCGGCCCGAGACGAGCGAGAGUGGGCAGGGCGCGCCCGGGGUGCUCCGGCGGACCCCGCGCUCAGCUGUGACCUUGGCCGCGGGGGAGGGGCCCGGCCCCUGCGGGGCAGCCGCCGCCCGCCAGAGGGGGCAGCGGCGACCAACUUGCUCAAGUUGGCGGCGCGGGCUGGGGCGGCUCCGGCUCCGGCGCCUCCUCCCGCUUCCCCGGUCCUCCUCCCGCGGCGCUCCUCCCAGCCGCUGCCGCCCGCCCGGUGCGCGCCCAGCCCUGCCCGCAGCCCCGCGCCGAGCCGCCGCCGCCACCGCCGCCGCCGCCGCCGGACGGGACGGGCCCGGCCGGGCGCGCCCCCCGGGCCCCGCCGCGGGCAUGGGCGCGCAGGCCCCGGCGCUGCUGCUGCCGCUGCUGGCCCAGUGGCUCCUGCGCGCAGCCCCGGCGCCGGCCCCCGCACCCCUCACGCUGCCCCUCCGCGUGGCCGCGCCCACCCCCGGGCCCGGGACCCCCGCCGCGCCCCGCGCCGCGCCCCACGCGGACGGCCUGGCGCUCGCCCUGGAGCCCGCCGGCGGCGCCGCCAACUUCUUGGCCAUGGUGGACAACCUGCAGGGCGACUCUGGCCGUGGCUACUACCUGGAGAUGCUGAUCGGAACCCCCCCGCAGAAGAGCCCUAGGUAUCUACCCAGAAGCAGUGGAAACAGACAUCCACAGAAUGAGUUCUACAAGAACGUCCAUACCAGCCUUGUGCCCAAAAGGCUGAAACCAGAAGCGACCCCAGUGCCCGUUGAGGAGGACAGACGUCGUCCGUGUGAGGAGUACUGCUCAGCUGUAGGACAAGUCCCAGCACACAUCACUGCAGGAGAGGAGCUCAGAAACCUGUUGAUCAGAAGCGAGAUGCCCCCCCACCCUGCCGGGCAAAAGAACAAACCCGCAGAUGUUGAUACACUGUCCAGUCCAUGGCAAGCAAGUCAGAGACCAUGCCAGAGCCCACCGGUGGAAAAGCGAAGAUCUUGCGUUGUUACUCUGCAGAUUCUCGUUGACACUGGAAGCAGCAACUUCGCCGUGGCAGGUGCCCCGCACUCUUACGUAGACUCGUACUUUGACGCGGAGAGGUCCAGUACUUACCACUCCAAGGGCUUUGACGUCACGGUCAAGUACACGCAAGGCAGCUGGACGGGCUUCGUCGGGGAGGACGUUGUCACCAUCCCGAAGGGCUUCAAUAGCUCGUUUCUUGUCAACAUCGCCACGAUCUUUGAGUCAGAGAAUUUCUUUCUGCCUGGGAUCAAGUGGAAUGGGAUCCUGGGACUCGCAUAUGCUGCUCUGGCCAAGCCGUCAAGUUCCCUGGAGACGUUCUUCGAUUCCCUGGUGGCCCAGGCGAAGAUACCCGAUGUCUUCUCCAUGCAGAUGUGUGGGGCGGGGCUGCCUGUAGCUGGAUCUGGUACCAACGGAGGUAGUCUUGUCCUGGGUGGAAUUGAGCCGAGUUUGUACAAGGGAGACAUCUGGUAUACCCCUAUUAAGGAGGAGUGGUAUUAUCAGAUAGAAAUUCUCAAGUUGGAAAUUGGAGGCCAGAGCCUGAAUCUGGACUGCAGAGAGUAUAACGCAGACAAGGCCAUCGUGGACAGUGGCACCACACUUCUGCGCCUGCCCCAGAAGGUGUUCAAUGCAGUGGUUGAGGCCGUGGCCCGCACGUCUCUGAUUCCAGAAUUCUCUGAUGGUUUCUGGACUGGGUCCCAGCUGGCUUGCUGGACGAAUUCUGAGACACCUUGGUCUUACUUCCCUAAAAUCUCCAUCUACCUGAGAGACGAGAACUCCAGCCAGUCGUUCCGUGUAACCAUCCUGCCUCAGCUCUACAUCCAGCCCAUGAUGGGGGCGGGCCUGAAUUAUGAAUGUUACCGGUUCGGCAUUUCACCUUCCACGAACGCGCUGGUGAUCGGUGCUACCGUGAUGGAGGGCUUCUACGUGAUCUUCGACAGAGCUCGGAAAAGGGUGGGCUUUGCGGCCAGCCCCUGUGCAGAAACUGCAGGUGCUCCAGUGUCGGAAAUCUCUGGGCCUUUCUCAACAGACGACGUAGCCAGCAACUGCGUCCCCGCCCUGCCUUUGAAUGAGCCCAUUUUGUGGAUCGUCUCUUACACGCUCAUGAGCGUGUGUGGAAUCAUCCUUCUCAUCCUGAUCAUCCUGUUGCUGCUGCCCUUUCGGUGUCGGCACCUGCCCCGCGAUCCCGAGGUCGUCAAUGAUGAGUCCUCUCUCGUCCGGCAUCGCUGGAAGUGAAGAGCAGAGGCCGAACUCGAGCGACCUUGAACUCUCUGCGAAGAGAGUUACGUUUCAGGUGGAGCAGGCGGGGUCAUGAGGCAGGGCUGCUCCCCGUGUCCACUAGUCUUAAAUCUGUUCUGCUCCCAGAUGCCUUCCAGAGUACACUGUAUUUUGAUUCUUGAUUUUAAAGCUUCCUUCUUCUCCCUCACUUCCAAGAAAAGUUACAAUAAAAAACACCUCAUUCUAAACCAAGAGAGAGUGAAUUGGGCUUCAGGCUUUCUGGGACUGGUCAUGCCAAACUGUCGAGAUGUGCCACAAAAAAACCCCGCAAGCUUCUGGCUAGUUCUCCUCUUCCUCCCGUCUCUGGAGAAAUGAGUACGUAUGGUUCGUAACUCCUCUUAGCUAAUGGGAAGCUUUUCAUAUUAAUUGCAUUUAAGGGCGUUUUGCACCAGGCCUCAGCCUGGGUCCGAGAGCACAAGAGAGCAAUAUGGUGGCAGGAGAACCAGCCUGGGGCCUGGCGAUCUCACCAUCCUGCCUGCUUCUGAAUCAGAAACAGAGCCCUUUUCUGAGCCUCUGUGUGCUCUGAGUGCGAGCCAGAGUCCUCUCGGAGGGGAACAUCACUCAGCGGUCUUCACCAGCCUCUUCUGAAGAGGAAAGCCUUUGUCCGUCCUGGUAGAGUAGGAAGGAAACCUACUCUUUUGUACUCAGUGCUUCUGUAGUCUUGUUGGGAUAAAGAUAAAAAGCUACUACCUCUGUGGAGACUUUGCCCAGGGCUCUGUGCCCGGGCCGGGCUGUGGGCAGCCUGGUUCCAGCCGUUGGCCUCGGCGAAAAGAAUCCUCCUUCCAGCAGGCCAGGGUAGCCUGGUGCCGUUCUGUCUCCAAGCGGGUCGUCAUGUCACAUGCUUACUCUUACUUAAAAUUAACAAAAGGUGUUUUGGUGAGAAAAGCAAAUCCUCUUUCGCUAGCAUAGUUGUUUGUGUUUCCAAGUCUCUGGAGGUGGUCUGGGUAUUCGCUGGAGGGAAAUAGGGAGAUGGCUCCAUGCCCAUCCUUCUGACCAACUCUCAGGGGGAGGAAGACACAAGACAUGCAGAGGACUUGAAGGAACUGCUUCUCCCACGCUUUCAGACCGCGUGUUUGCAUUUGCAGAAACCCCUAGCCUCCAGCACAGCUGCCCACGUCAGCAUAAACACAUCUGUGGAGGUGUUUACCCACACGCUUCCUCCCCGGGGCGUGUUUAGUCUUCGGGGAUGGGUGCAGUGCUCUCCUUCCGUGGGGAACCUCCCUCCUAACUAUCAUUAAUUUGAUAAAGAAAUUAAUUUCUUCACCCAAAAAAAAAAAAAAGCAGAAGCCUUAACUCAUUGCAGUCAGCCUUCUGCGAUCAGAUAGAAUGAGAAGAAGGGUUCAAAGCCAAUAUCCCUUCUCAUGUUCAGUGUUCGCGUUGCCUCACUAUUGGGAUGAGCUGGAGGUAUGAUAGAAUCCUACUGGAAGGGCUAACUGGAGCGUCUCCUCUGGCUGGAUUGUCAUUUCUGUUCAAGAUAGGCUGCAUGUGGGUGUUUGAGCCAUCGGCUCUGCUCACUGGACCAGGGCAGGUCCAUAUUGGGGAAUAUAGGACCGGAGAACUGUGGGGCCACUCACACGUCAUGGUGUCCUUGUGGAUGCUCCAGCAGCAGCAGGUUUGAAUUGCAUCUUAGAACCUGAACCUUCUGGGCCCUCUCCCAGAAACAGUUUGAGUAUGGCGUGCAUGAAGCCCUCAUGACGGUGGGGUAGCAGGAGGGGAUUCUGUUACCAGGUACUCAUUAUGGUGUCUGGUCUCGGCUAGGUGAAUGGCAGUAAUUCCAAAAUACACCUCAGUGUUAGAAAUCUCUGGAAGUCUUAAUUCUCUCGUCCCAUGGGCUUUUCCAUCCGUUCCCGUUUUGUGGUCCGCUUUGCGCGGAAGGGAAGGCAGUCCUUCCAGAGCGGACCUUCCCUGUGCUGUGAAAAUGCAGACCCCUGAAAUAAAAGGAGGGAGUUGCAGAGAUGACCCGGUUCAUUUGGCUGCUUAUUCCUUCACACAGGCGCCUUCUCCAAUUUCUCGGGUUCAGUUUCUGAGCUGGGGAACAUUUCUGUUACAGCGGAUCGGCAGGCGCUGUUCCCAGAGUACAUGAUAAAAGCACGGCAGAUCUCAAGCUAGGCUAUUUGAAUCAAGUUUGCUAUAAUGCUCUGAAUUUCAUAUCAGAUUUAUCCACCUUCUCAUCUCCGAUGUCAUUGGACGUGACAUUUUAAUGGAGAUGCUUAAAUUAUAAAAGCAUAACUUAGCAACAAGAAUGAAACAAUUGAACGUGGGACAUUUUCCUGGCAUGCCUUGCUGUCGAAAAUUGGACUUUUGAGUCAAAACCCUGGUUAGUGACACCCACCUCCUCGAAUUAUGUAAAUUGAUACCGAGCUUGGAAAACCUUCAAGGAGGCUUGCUUUGAACGGAAAAGGAAGUAACAGUCGUCUGAGGGUGUCAUUUUUACCUUGUAACCUGCGGAAAAAGCUGGAAGACGGUCCUUUCCUGAAAGCUGCACUUUGCAACCCUGUUGUCAGAUGCUGUCAGCCCUCCCAUAAGAAAUGGAUGCUUCUUCAUGAACAGUGUUUUUUUAAUAGGGUGAUUCUUUAUAUUCUUGAUAAGUUAUUUGGAAGCCCCACAUGAAAUCCUGUCUUGAGUAGCUGGAACUGUCUAUGAAAACUAGCAAGAAACAAGAUGGGGACUGAAUCUGAUUUUUCUCCACCCUCCCCCUCGGGAGUUUUAAAAAGCACCACCGUGAUUGCUGCCAGGUCAUCUGGCAUUUCCCAUACAGUAUGUUGUAUUUCUUCGGAACCAAAAAACAAGUACCUGGCAUUAAAGAAACAGAUUCUUGGCAUGUGACUUCUGGGAAUGUUUUCCGGAACACAGUCCGCUCCUGAACGUUUGGAAAGAUUUUACCUGACUGAUUGUGAGAUGCAGAGGUUUUCGGUUAAGGGGUCAAUUUGGAGUCAGUUAUAAUUCAAAAUUUGGAAAGUAAUCCCCAGCAAGGCAGCAUUAACAGCUCCGCAGAGCUUUGGGUAAUAGAUUUAGCAAGCAGGUCUGGUAUAGGGAUUGCAUUGUCUUACUGAAGAAGUGAGAGCAGAUUAUUUCAUAAUUUAAUAGGUUCCUGUGCAAAUGAAAAAUUCGUCACGUUCCUCUUACCGGGCCCCCGCGUGGUGGCUUGCCAAGUGUGGUUCAGUUCUAAGUUCUGGCCUAGGGCCAUGUGAUGUCAUGGGGAAUAGAUCACUGCCCUCCCAAAAGCCUGCCAUAAGCAACAAUGAUCGAGUUUUACCAGCUUCUCCUUAUUAGGAGGGACCAGAUACCUGGGUGGACUCCCAGUGUGCCUUUUUCCUGCACAAACUGAUUACAACUGAUUACAGAACCGUUCAGACAAAACACUUGCCACCGGUUUUUUUUUUCUUUUUUAGGAAAAACAAACAUAAAACAUCAUAAAAUGUAAAAUUGGGGAGAUAGAAGAUUUUUAGGGCCAAGAAAACUCUACAACGACAGAAGCUAUUGUGGACAUUUCUAGUGGGUUUUAAGAAUUUCAGAUUUGGACUUAACGGCAGUUUACCAAUUAAAUGGCAAGCAGGAAAAAAUACAUUUUGAGAGUGGGGAAGGAAAAGAGAAACAUAAUCAAAAGUAUGCAAAGUAUGCAGAAGUGGCUGUUCUGGAAAAGUUGCUUUAAUUAAUUACCAGAAUCCUCAGAUUUCUCUCACCCGUAAAGUUGCGUCAACUGGAGAUGUGAUGUAUUCUACAUAGCAGCAAACCCCGAACUCCAGGAGUAUUCAGGCUGGAGUCAUGUGGACAAAGUGAGAAUGUGGCCCCUCACGCUUCACCUGAGCCAGGUGAAGGUUGGUUCAUUAGAGGAAUAGGGAAGGGGAUGGUUGGGACUUGGAAGGUUCUAGAACGUAGGAAGGGAGGUGGGGUAGGAAGUCCUAUCCCUUGGUCAGCAGGUGUCCGCAAAGGUCUGGGUGAACUGAGGACAUGUCCUAGGAAGCUCGUUUCCACCCUUGGAAAUGAUUUUUUUUUGCACCCCUACUUUUCAGGAACUUUCCAAAGGAACCUCUCAGGAUUUAUAGUUUAUCAAAGAGAAACUUGCUUUGCAGCCAUAUUUAGGGACCAGAUACCUGGGUGGACUCCCAGUGUGCCUUUUUCCUGCACAAACUGAUUACAACUGAUUACAGAACCGUUCAGACAAAAUACUUGCCACCGAUUUUUUUUUUUCUUUUUUAGGAAAAACAAACAUAAAACAUCAUAAAAUGUAAAAUUGGGGAGAUAGAAGAUUUUUAGGGCCAAGAAAACUCUACAACGACAGAAGCUAUUGUGGACAUUUCUAGUGGGUUUUAAGAAUUUCAGAUUUGGACUUAACGGCAGUUUACCAAUUAAAUGGCAAGCAGGAAAAAAUACAUUCUAGGCACCUGCGUUCUAACAAAACUAGAGACGCAUGAGCUCCCAAGCAAGUCAUGGUCCUUAGGCUGUAGGUUCAAGGUUGCGCACUGGGAGGUUGACAGGACAGGGUCCCAACAGGCUGAAGCCCGCAGGGGUGGUUAGCAGUUACCUUUGGGGUCUGAGCAUCUGACAGUUGCGUCGAAAGCCAAAGUGACGCAGACACGCCACAUCCACCCACCCUGCCGGGGCAGCCCACGGAUUUCAGAAAGAAUCCGGCAGGUUCCCGACCACAUUCCUUCUCUGGGAACACCUGCCGUCAGAGACACUUGGGAGACACUUGGAACAUCUUGCGGGGCCAUGCCAGCCUGGAGCUCCCCCUCGUCCUAGUCGGAAUCCGUGCAGUUCCCUAGGCUCCCCGGGUGUCCUAGUGAACGCAGCCAGGGGCUUGGGCACGCCCUGGCUUGGUGAGAAUGUCAUCCUGGGGUUAAUUCUGAGUGUCACUUGGACACGUGACCUCAACCGAUCAAUACAGAUCCAGAUAAAUUCAGAUCCAGCCCACCCACUGCAAGAGCCGCUCCAGGGUACCUGGCCUUCGAUGCUUGAGAGCCUUCACGUGUCCCGGAAAGCCCUCGGGUACUUGGUGGGCACCGUUGGCGAAACAGUGAGUCUGGAUGUGCCCAGCUCACAUCUCAGGACACAGGACAGGUGUGCUAGUAAAAUCCCCAUCUCGCCUCUAAAUAUCUGCUGAUCGGCGUUUGCCCAAGCCUGUGGGGCGGUGAGAUGUGGACAGCUCCCUUUGCAGAGGGAGAAUUAUUUGUACAGGAUCAAAAGUGGAUCAACUGGUAAAGUGGAAACGGUAUGUAACACACAGGUGUGCCCCACACCGAUCAAGUGGAGUAUUUUGCCCAUAUAGAUGCAUAAUGGUAAAUUACAUAAUUACAAAUGAUCGGUUUAUAAAAGAGGUUUAUAGAAUGGCGUCGCUAAGGAGAAUUGAAGCCUUGAGCAUCUUCGAAACCUUCUUUACCUUUGGCGUUUUUCCACAGGAUUUUCUUUUCUUUUCUUUUCUUUUUUCCUACCUCCACGGGAUUUUCUUCAUUUAGGUUGGAAUAUAUGUAUUUUUUCAUGGGACAUGCACGGACCCAGACUACCAUGAGAAGGCGAGUGUCUCCAGAGGGCAGGGCUUCCUUUUUCUCGGUUAAAUACCAUACGUACAGGUCGCUGAAAGUUUCCCAUAAAACCGAAGUGUUCGCCUGCUUCCGUCUACCUAUUGAAGUAAAAUUUCACACAAGCCUUAUAAUUUCAAAGUUAAUGCUUCUGAAUGAAAGUUAAAAAAAACAUUAAAAGAUGAUCUUUUCGAGGUUAAAAAAGCUGGUUAAGGAUCUGUUUCAUCUGUAGUGAAAAUCACCCAAAAUAAACUUCCUUAAUGCCAUUUUCUUAUAUACAAUUUUGUGUUCUCUGUUGCUAGGGGUAACAACUUGGAAUUGCUUUUUCUCAUUUUCCUGAUUAGAGAUAAUGUGUCCUCUAGCGUGGAAGGUGGUACACAUUCUUAACAGUGAACUUGGGAAUCCUGUUUGGCCUUGGAACGACCUGGAAUGUGAGGGGGGCUGCAUGAACGAGCUUUCUCUACUUCAGAAAGCAGCGUGUUUAAAAACCGGAAUGAGUGGGAUUGGUCAUGUGCUAAUAAAAGCCGGGUUUUUGUAAUCUAGGAGGAGGUAUUUCUUGCUCUUUCCGCUCAUUCGCACAAAUAGACUGCAAGCUUAAAAUCCCCAUGUUUAGUCCCUGGAAGCUGCGACUCGUUUUGUUCUUAAGGGUGACCUCGCUGCUGCCUUGUGGGGUGCCUGAUCCAACCGGGGACCUCGCGCACCUCGUCUUCUGAAGGGGUGCUCCGUUAGCAGCGGGGCUUUGCAGAAUGUAUUUCUGUGUGCAACUUGUAUUUCUGAAAAGGCUUAAUUUGUUGUUUCCCUUCUGAGAUUUCCCUCUGUGUUUCGGCGUGCCAUGUUGAUUUAAAAGGAGGCUGUGUAGGCCAGCAGUUGGGGUGAAGGGGCGUGCACCCCGGUUGUGCACCUCAAAACUCGAGUUUUCUAAAAUAAUCUUAUUUUUCUACCUUGUAUGCACGCCACGAAUUUAAGAUGUAUACCAUUGAAAAGGAAAUAAAAAGAGUUUGGUUUGUUUGAAUAAACAAUACUUUCAACCUG